AUGCCCCGUCCCGGGACCACUGCUGAGACAUACGUGGCGUAUGGAAUGACACAAAAGCUCUUCGAGGCCUGCUCUAGCCAGGCGGAUUAUAGUAUACCACAGGCAACCCAAAAGGGAGCACAAGUCCCUAAAACUGAAGCUGGUGAAGACCUCGGAGUUGGGGAAGGAUGGUGGUAUGAAGACCACUUCUCGCAUAAUGCUGAACAUCGCAUGGACGUCCUACAUGGGUUCACGAGUCGUACAAUCCGGAACAAGUUUCUCAAGGAUCUCUUCAUCCAGUGGAGAGGUGUUCUUGCAGCCUACGAUGAGGGCAUUGUUAAAGGAGACGCCGUACUAGGUGCCGCUAUCUGGAGAAAUUUAUGGAAGGCAAGCCAUACCGGACCAGAUGGGAAGGAGCUGGACUGGACGAAAAUAGCUCGGGUCGUCGCAUAUAUGCGGCGAGUAACUUCAGAGCUUUCUCAGGUGAGCGAGGCGGAUCUCAUCUCCCAACUAUGCCAGCAAACUGGCGACAAACCCAGCAUUUUCGGAUACUCUGAACUCGAUAAGAGACUAGUCCAAGGCAAGCGAUAA